UAAUGUUAUCGACAUCGGACGUGUUCUUGAUGUGCUGUUAUUUUACAAUUCUGUUGUUGUCAGCGACAUCUAGAAAAACGGAAAAGAGUUAUUAUGUGAUUUAUUACUGGCAAUAAGAGAUCGCAGGGCCUGAGUCCUUCUCUGAAUUCUUAAGCUCCGCCUGUUUGUUUACCUCUACUAUCUCGUUUCGUGAAAUGAACUUUAGCUUCACACUCUGGUGCUCCAAGCAACUGUUGUUUCACUGGAAUGCACCCCACUUUAAGCGUCAUGUUUUUGAUGCAUCCUAAAAUUACAGGUGCUUGAGAUCAUUUGAGAGGGCAGGAGAGAAAAAAAAGGAACAGCAGUUCCGCAAAGCUAUGAAGCACCGGACCGUCUAUAACAGCCCGGGGCACUCUAGAGCAGCUUAGGAGUGCUUAAAGUGCGUCACUGAGAAACGACUCAAAAAAUAUUUGUACUGAACGCGCCUAAAGAAGUUUUCACUUCAGAAAGAGUGAAGACAGCCAUCGCAAACAUACCAUCUGGGUCUGCGGAUGACGUCACCUCUAUUAGCUGCUGAUAGGGAAGACGUCACUCGCAGAGCCUGCCGACUUAUUUGGAUGAGCAAUCUUCGUUUACUAUUCUUACUUAGCAGACACUUUCGACUAUGGAGUUCCUUAAACCAAUCGACCAUAUUCUAUCGAGAACAAAACGGGACUCCUACAUAGAUGAGACUGAAGGAACAAAGCUAUUUAUUUUGAAGUGAAACUUCAAAGGGUGCUCCAUAGGGGUGCUUGGAGUAAAAUUUCAAAGCCGUCGCUCGCGAUACGAAAAUCCGUCACAAUCAAGUUUCCUAGAGUUCUCUCACAAAAAUAAUCUUCCAUCAGGAUAUAUUUUUGUAUUUUUCACUUUCCUUGAAAAAUUAGCUCUAGUGCAGUUUGUACCGUACUUUGGAACGAGUGUCUGGAAAAGUGCCAUCUAUCGAGCAGAUGUUGAACUCUGGAUCCAAACUCCUAAAACCUCUCUUGUUUGGUUGAAUCCAAGCACAAAAAAGUAUUGGCCCCAAUCAGAGUGAAAAAUCUCCAGUAACUAGUCAAAAAUUCGAUAGUUGAAAUUCAAAAUUUUAUUUGAAAAUUCAAAUUUCAAAUCUAGGAACAUUUAGCGCGCCUGCGUCUCGAAUUUAGGUUGGCAAUAUUGCAAGAUGGCGUCUCCGAAACCCGGGAUCAUUGAACAAGAUGUUGGGCAGGAGAUUUUAGACAAUUUUACCAAGAGCCUAUUGACGAUGGAAAACCUGGACAGAUCCUCUCCGGAAAUGUGGCCAGAAAAAGUGCCUGGUGUAACCGAUUUUAUAAACAGUUACAACACGCAGUUUCCAAGUAAAAUGCCAUAUUCUAAGGAAUUAACUGCCGAGGAUCAAAAUUACAUGCAACAAUUGGCCGCACUUUCUUCAGCAAAUCUGAUCGCUAAAGUCAAAGAGAUGCACGACAUCGCCUACCAGCUGGGCGUGGAAGAAUCGAAAGAAGUGACCAAAGGCAAAUACUUGAAUAUGUUCAAUAGGAAAAGUGGCGACAAGUGAAUCUGUUUAAAAAAUAAUUAGAUUUAGGCACCUACUGUGAUUUUGUUUGAUGUGGAUUUUAAUUUUUAAUAUAUUUUUCUUUAUGUGAA